AAUAUCUGAAAAACAGAAUCCGAGAGUGAAAGUUUCGAUACCAAACUCUUGUCGUUUAGUACACGUCAAGUUAAACACGUUUGAUGGCGAAUACGUGAUCAAAAUGAUAUUGCACAGCUCAUGUUUAAUUGGUAUAAAACAAUGCAGAUGUAUUCGAUAUUGAUUAGUAGCUAAUCAGCAACACAACCUGGUACAUCUCUGAAAAGGUAACCUCUGUACAAGAGAAAAUGGCAUCAUUUCAUUUAAUUACGUUAAUUAUCGUUGUAAUGGCUUAUUCGUCGUCUGCAUUGAUCGACAUCAAUAAAUGUAUUUCGUAUCGUUACUUGCCCUGUAUCGACGGUAAGAGUCAAGAUCCUACCCCCAUAUCCAAGGAUGAAACUAUCAUCAAAUACAACGAGACCACGUGCAUUGUCUACCAAUUCCUCCCGUGUCAAAACGGUUCGAAGAGUUUGUCCCUGAUGUACAACAACGGCAGCAGCAAAGACCCAUCGACCAGUUGCCAGGACCAAACGGCCCUGGCCAGCACCGUUUGCCAGACCAAAAGUUUCUGCGAACUCGAAUUGAAGAAAAUGUCCGAUUACAUGGUGUCCGUUUUGAACGCCAGGAUCAUCGAUGAAGAAGCGGAAAAAUUCAAGCCCUUAUUCAAGGAUCGAAUGCAAGACUACAUUCGUUAUUCGGUGGUCCGUUUGGGUCUACGCGAAUUGGUCAACGUGCAACCACUCAAACCAGAUUUCGGCGUCGUUUACAACGACAUUCUAUCGUUCAAGUAUCCCAUCAAUGUCCGGGCGUGUAAAAAUAACGGGGCGGCAACGCCCAGUCGUCCCAGUUUAUUCGUGGCCGUGACCGGAGUGGCGACCGACGACAACCAGAAAAGACGCGACGAAAUUCGAGUCAUUUUCGAGAAUGAAAUCGAAGACCUGGAGAAGCAGCUCUUCAGUUCCAUCAAAUACGGAUUCUUCCUGGGCAAGCCUGAAGAUUCUGCCAUCCAAAAUCGCAUCCAAAAGGAGAGCGCCACGAAUAAAGAUGUCAUUCAAAUGGACGCUAUCGAUACUGAACGAAAUCAUGAAUCCUUGAAAUUGGCCGCCAUCUUUAAUUGGGUUCGGCAAUUUUGCGGUGAUGUCAACGUCGUUUUCAAAAUGGAUGAGAAUUUCAAAAUCGCAACGUUGAAGAAACUCGGUUCGGCGCUGACCGUUCCCGUUGUUCCCGACACUUUUGUCUACGGCGUCAAGGGAGACAUUCGCCCACAACGAGGAGAGGGAAAAAGGAUGAUUACAAUGGAGGAAUUUCCCUGGACAACUUUCCCUGCGUAUUUCAACGGAUUGGCUUAUUUCAUCACCGGCAAUAUGAUCGAACCUUUAAUGGCCGCCUUCCAGACUGUUCCCAUGCUUCCAUUGGAAGACGUUUAUUUGGGCAUUUGCAUCAUCAAAUCCGGCAUGAAGAGAUCCACUAUUUGCGGAAGGGACUUUAACUCCAGUUCAUGUUUUUAAAAGUUGCAAAUUUUCACAAUUUUUACAUCCUACCCUUGACGACACUGGCAUUUCUAAUGGAUUGUGAUUGAUUAUUUAAGCUAAAAAAUGUUGUAAAAUAAUUAAAAUCCAUUGGAAAUGCCAGUUUAAUCAGGAAUGGAUAAUGUUGGAUAUAAUAUAUUUCUUAAUCUACUGAUGGACUAAAACUACAUGUAGUUUUAAACUAAAAUUUUAUGUAACUAAAAUUUAACUAAAACUACAUGUAGUUUAGUCCAUCAGUAGAUUUAUAAAAUAUGAUAUAUCCGACAUUACUUUCUUUUUCUAUUCUUUUAUUUCUUACUAUUACAUUCCUUUUUAUUGUAGUCUAUUAGUAGAUUUAGAAAUACAUUUAGAUUUAGUGCA